CCACGGCGGGUGCGGCUUGCCACGGCGACGGGACUCGCUGGCGUAGCGAGCGAAGAGACCUGGGCACCGACCUCCUGGGACGGGCCGCCGCCGCGCCGAGGCUUGCUGCCCGCUUCCGGCCGCAGAGCGGGCGGCGCGGUGCCCCUCCGCUGGGCUGUGGUUGGAGCCGUGGCGACUGCGCGCUGGGUAGCUUCCUGCCACACGCCCGGAGUUGGCUUCACAGUCGCCGGACGGGAACCUCGGAUCAGGCUGCUGGCACUGUGAGCCGGGCACCGCAGCGGGAGUCCUGGUGCUAGACUCGAUGUAAAGAAGCUUGAGCCCACAGAAAGCCGUAACUUGAUCUUUAGACUGUAGUUACCUGAAUCUUGAAAACAGAACUUUUCCCUUUGCCCUGCUGCCUUCAUAAGAGCAAAGACAAUGUUGACAGGAAUAACAAGGCUUUUCUCCAGGGUCCAGAAGUUGGACCUGCGGUGUUUUUUACACGUGAGUGCCCAAGCACCUCAGAGCAAUCCAGUUCCAGCUGAGCGUCCCAGAACUGUUUCCCGCACCAGUGACAGUGACCCGGCUAACCAUGGGGAGCAGCACGAGGGCCAGUACUAUAGCAUCCCCCUCCAUGAUCUGAAGACAGUAUUUCCUCAUGGCCUGCCUCCUAGGUACAUGAUGCAGGUGAAGACUUUCGGUGAAGCUUGUCUGAUGGUAAGGAAGCCAGCUCUAGAGCUUCUGGGCUACCUGAAAAAUACCAAGUUCACUCACCCCGCUGUGCGGUAUCUUCUCUAUGGGGAGAAGGGAACAGGAAAAACUCUCAGUCUUUGCCAUGCUGUUCAUUUCUGUGCAAAACAUGACUGGCUGGUUCUGCAUAUCCCGGAUGCUCAUCUUUGGGUGAAGAACUGCCGGGAGCUUCUGCAGUCCACCUACAACAAAGAGCGCUUCGAUCAGCCCCUAGAGGCGUCCACCUGGCUGAAGAACUUCAAAACCACCAAUAAGCGCUUCCUGAGCCAGAUAAAAGUUCAGGGGAAGUACGUUUGGAACAAGAGAGAAAGCACUGAGAAGGGCAGCCCUCUGGGAGAAGUUGUUGAACAGGGCAUAACACGCGUGAGGAAUGCCACAGACGCCGUCGGGAUCGUGAUGAAGGAGCUUAGGAGCCAGAGUUCCGAAGGACACUUCCGCCUCCUGGUAGCAGUGGAUGGGGUCAAUGCCCUCUGGGGAAGGACCACACUGAAAAGAGAAGACAGGACCCUGAUUGCCCCGGAGGAACUAUCCCUGGUCCACAGCCUAAGGAAAAUGGUGAAAAAUGAUUGGCAUGGAGGUGCAAUUGUGCUGAGUUUGAGCCAAACCGGGUCGCUCUUCAAGUCCCGAGCCGCAUAUUUGCCGCACGAGCUUCUGGGAAAGGAAGGAUUUGAUGCCUUAGACCCUUUCCUUCCCAUCCUCAUUUCCAACUAUAAUCCAAAGGAAUUUGAAAGUUCUUUCCAGUAUUAUCUAGAAAAUAAUUGGCUUCAGCAUGAGAAAGCUCUGACGGAAGAAGGGAGGAAGGAGCUGAAGUUCCUGAGUAACUGCAACCCCGGGCAGCUAGAGCGGCUCUGUGCUGCCCUGUGAGCACCAGCGCCUAGUGCAAGCGGGGCUGCCUGGCCGCAGUGACCACGUCCCGCUGUCCCUCUGCUGAGCCCCGCAUUAAAGGCAGCUGUGCUCUCUAA